CACAUCUCCAACAACCACCAUUAAAGCAAAUUCCAAACCAACCCCCACCCUUCCCCCCCAAAAAAAAAAGAAAAAAUCUCAAUUUUCACCAUGGCUUUGUUAAGCUCAACUUCUUCAUCUUCUCUACUAACAAAUUUUCACUACAUUUCAUCUCUCCAAUACAAUAAUAACACUAGAUUUGUUUCACCAAAAUGUAAAUUACUUGGAAUUACAGCUGAUUUAUCUGUUCCUCCUAAAGCUAGAUUUAUUGCCAGACGUAAAGAGUCUUUAUCUGUUAAGCAGCUUCAAAGGCCCCUAAUGGACUAUAUGAGCUUGCCAGCGAGCCAGUACUCGGUGUUGGAUGCGGAGAGGAUUGAACGAGUGGAUGAUAAUACGUUCAGCUGUUACGUGUACAAGUUCAAGUUCUUUGCAUUUGAAGUGUGUCCUGUUUUAUUGGUUAGAGUCGAGGAGCAGCCUGAUGGAUGUUGUAUCAAGUUGUUGUCUUGCAAGCUCGAGGGAUCUCCAAUUGUGGUCGCGCAAAAUGAUAAGUUUGAUGCUUCGAUGGUGAACAAAAUAUCUUAUGAUAGCAAGCGAAGAGACUCAGCGUUGCAGCAGCUCACUUCAGAUGCUGUUAUUGAGGUCAACAUUGAAAUCCCCUUUGCAUUUCGAGCAAUUCCAGUGCAGGUAAUCGAGUCAACUGGUUCUCAGGUCCUAGAUCAGAUACUAAGAAUCAUGCUCCCUCGGUUUAUGGCACAGCUAGUGAAGGACUAUCAAGCGUGGGCGUCAGGUGACACAUCGAGGCAGCCUCUUGGAACUGGUCAGAUUUGAGGCAGCUGCAAAAUUCAUCAUCCUAAGAAGUCGCGUUGGUUGCUAAUAACAAAACGAGCAUUAAGUUCUUUGAUGGCAACAAAUAUUCUCCGCGAGUUCUCCAUAUCAAGCAGAGACUUUGAUUUUCUCAAUAAGCUCGAUCAACUGGAUAAAUUUGCAGCACAAAAAUCUCAGAUCAGACAAGGGGUCCGGCUGAGCGCCAACCAUAAAUGUGUAGAAAAAUAUGGAUGGAUAAUCGGUAUGUAUUGAAUAUUUGUUUCCAGAUUACUCAUGAACCACGAUGAAUCAAAUUUUUUCUUCGUA